UAUCUACCAUGUCUACCAUAUCUACCAUAACAUGCGGGCGUAGUUUGAAGGCUAUCGGCAACAACAUGUAUUAUUGGAGCUACCUAGCAUCGCGUUUGUUCGGCGUCACAACUUUCUUGCCUCCUCCACACUCCUGCUCUGCUCUGUCGUCUCAACCAUGGCGAUGGGAUGUGAAGCCACAGUUGAAACUGCCUUUGAGGAGGAAGACAAUUUUGGACCGCAGCCUCUCUGCAGGCUUGAGCAAUGUGGAAUAGGUGCAAGUGACAUCAAGAAACUGGUGGACGCAGGUUACCACACCAUCGAGGCAGUGGCCUAUGCCCCGAAGAAGGAGCUGCUUAACAUUAAAGGCAUCAGUGAAGCAAAAGCUGAUAAACUCAUUACUGAAUCUGCCAAGCUUGUGCCUAUGGGCUUUACGACAGCUACUGAAUUUCACCAGAGGAGAGCAGAAAUCAUUCAAAUCUCGACAGGUUCCAAGGAAUUGGACAAACUCCUACAUGGUGGGAUUGAGACCGGUUCCAUCACAGAGAUGUUUGGGGAGUUUCGGACUGGGAAGACACAGCUGUGCCAUACGCUUGCUGUCACAUGUCAGCUUCCAAUGGAUCAGGGGGGUGGCGAAGGUAAAGCCAUGUACAUUGACACAGAGGGAACCUUCAGACCAGAGAGACUCCUGACUGUAGCCGAAAGGUAUGGGCUGGUUGGCAGUGAUGUGCUGGACAACGUGGCCUAUGCUCGAGCUUUCAACACAGAUCAUCAGACGCAGUUGCUGUACCAGGCAUCUGCCAUGAUGGUUGAAUCCAGAUAUGCCCUGCUGAUAGUGGACAGUGCCACAGCUUUGUAUAGAACUGACUACUCAGGCCGAGGUGAGCUGUCAGCCAGACAAGGACAUUUGGGACGCUUCCUUCGCAUGCUACUCAGGCUGGCUGAUGAGUUUGGCGUAGCAGUGGUAAUAACCAACCAAGUGGUUGCACAGGUGGAUGGUGCUGCCAUGUUCUCCACUGAUCCAAAGAAACCAAUUGGCGGCCACAUUCUAGCUCAUGCAUCCACUACACGCCUAUAUCUGAGAAAAGGCAGAGGAGAAACGAGGAUCUGUAAAAUCUACGACUCACCUUGCCUGCCAGAGGAGGAAGCCAUGUUUGCCAUUAACGCUGAUGGUGUGGGAGAUGCCAAAGACUAAGGAAACUGUGCAGCAGACAGUGUGCAAUUUUCUAAUGACAUCUUAAAAGCUCCAUGAUUUGGACAGCUCUUACUGUGAGGAAAUAAAAACCUGUUCAAAAUGGUUCAAGCUUGACUGAGUCAAAGAUUCCAUCUUUAGAUGUGUAGCAACAACAAGGUGAUCAAAAUAUAUAAGAACACCUGAAAAUUUGGAUUUCAACACGAGACUAGAUCAGUCCAGAUGAAACAUUCUUAUAGCUCUGAUUUUUGCAUGUAUAUAUACUCCAUAUAUUUAAGUUGCAGUUUAUAAAAAAAUUAAUUUGAAAUUGAACGUAUGUCUGUGUGUAAGAAGUGUCUGCUUUGUGAUUGGCUUUAAGCAGGGAUACCAAGCCAUGGACUGCGUGUGAUACAGAGUGUAGUCAUGGUUCUGCCUGUCAAGCGAGUUUUAGUUCAUUCACAGACCCCGUCUUCAAAUGGUAGACUGCAGUUUUUAAAAGUGAAAGGACAGAAUAUUAUCUUGUUAUAUACCUGGUAGUGUAUGAUGAAAGAAGUGUCAAAGGCAUAACGGUCAGCCGUUAUGCCUUUGACAAUUUUUUCCAUUUCAUAUCAAGAAAAAAUAUUCAGAAUACGAAAGAUACGGUGUACUGGAAAAGAUACGUAAUUCCCGCUUGCAGAAAAUUUUAGAAAGUCGCGCCAUAAAUGCGCCUUUACUGUCCUUGCGAAGACGUCGGUGCCCAGUCUAAGCUAGACUGUGUGUUUUACUGUGUUCACUGAGCUGUUCCUAACAUCUGCGCCUUGCAGGGUGAAAUUAAAAAUCAGUCCUGUCCUCAAUGACACAUUCACAGCAAUGUAAAUCCACGAUUAUAAUUAGCUACUAAUACAGCAGUAACACCUAUAUAAACAGCGCGCAUUAGCUAGCGUCUCCACAUCAUCCAAACAACAUGCCUUAAGUGCCUGAUGACAAGUAAAACACAACAAACAAUAUAAAACAUGGUAUACAGUUAUAUAUAGGCUGCGUGUGUGUAAUGAGUUCUUUGCAUGGAUGCUGAAGCACUACCUGCUCUAAACUAAUUGCGCCAAAAUAAAAGCAUGGCUGACGAUGUCUUCGUCAAAAGAGCGCAAGUCUCCUCAAAUUCAUUCUUCAAUUUAUUAUUAUUUUUUUAAGUUCUAUUAUCUGCUUCCUAACAGGUAUUAACGGCAAUGUUUAGACAUCUUUAAUGUUUCAAAUGUAUUUGGCUCCUGUUUCAAUCUGAGUACAAUCGUAAGAAAAAAUUGAAUGUUGUGUUUUUAAUAGCACUUGGAACAAAUUAGGCUAAUUUACAUGUAAAACACGGUUCAUGAUAUGAAAGCCACUCCGGAACGAAUUCAUUUUGUGUCUUGAGGUACCACUGUACAAGAAAUUCACUGACUAUACUACAGAAAAGAGCCAGAAGAAUAAUACAUCAUGCAAAUACAUUAUUUCAUUUUCAAACAGCUCCGCUCACGUACUGUGCAAGGCAAUAAUCAGAAAUUGAUAUUUAAAAGAAGGCUGUUUUAGUUUUGAGGAGGGAGUUCUAUUUACAGCAUCAGAGGCUACGUUGACAAGUUUUUGUGUUUGUUAGGUUCGAUGUGGGACCUUACGAAGCGCUCUAAAACACGCUUUUCACCGGGAAGUGGGUUAGGUUUAACGGGUGUUUUGACAAAUGAUCCAUGUACAGUAUCUUGGCCAGUUAUUUUUUUAUUUGGUGUUUAUUUUUCAUCUUUACUUAUGUAUAUGGUUAUUUACUUUGUCUUUUCUAAAUAUGGGAUGAGUAUAAUGACGGACUGAUUGUUC